AAAGAGGAUGUGAAUGUGGUGAAAGAGUGUUUGAGAAUGGGGAAUGAUGAGGUUGUGUUGGUGGAUUUCAAUCUGAGUAUGUUCUGUGUAAGAGUGAAGAUUGCUUUAGCAGAGAAAGGUGUUGAGUUUGAGAACAGGGAAGAGGAUCUGGAGAACACAAAGAGUGAUCUGCUUCUGCAAAUGAAUCCUGUUUACAAAAAGGUUCCUGUUCUUAUCCACAAUGGUAAGCCAAUCUCAGAAUCUCUGAUAAUUGUUGAAUAUAUUGAUGAGAUUUGGAGUGAUAGGACUCCUCUUUUGCCCACUCAUCCCUAUCAGAGAGCUCAAGCAAGGUUCUGGGCUCAUUUUGUUGACCAUAAGGUGCAUGAAGUUGCAAAGAGGAUGUGGACUGGGAAGAGAGGUGAACAUGAGGAAGAUAAGAAGGAGUUAGUAGAGAAUUUGAAGCAAUUGGAAGAGGCUCUUGGGGACAUGCCAUAUUUUGGAGGUCAGACAUUUGGGUUUGUUGAUAUUGCUCUCAUUCCCUUUUACAAAUGGUUCUCUAUUUAUGAGAAAAUUGGGAACUUCAAGCUCAACUGUCCAAAACUCACUUCUUGGGCAAACAGAUGUUUGGUCAAACAAACUGUCUCCAAAUUUGUUUCUGAUGAGAAGGAUGUCUAUGACUUUGUUAUCAGAUAUAGGAAAACAAUUGGGGUGGACUGAGAGAUACAGAGACCAAUCAAGAACAAUGAUAAAAUGCUGAGUAUGGGAAGUUUGUGCUUGGCCAAAAUAAUUAUGCAAUAAACUCAAGUGAAUUCAGCUAGUCGGUUUGGCUUAGCUGCUUAAAA